UAUUUUUCUUUCUUAUCCUCUAAAAUGAGUUCCGCUGCUCAGAUCAACCAUAGGGUAACGGAUGUUCUUGGUUCUCUGGGAUUUGAGUCACAUCCGUUCUUAGUAGACUGGUAUAAUCAACAAGUAUCAGACAAAUUUGCAUUAUCCUACGCGCCUGGAACACUGGCGUGCAUUAUCAUCAGUCAGCCAGCAAUGUUCGAGCGCGCUUUUCUUCCUUUCCUCAGAGAGAAGUGGGAUAAAACUAAUAUUCAGGAUCCCAUAGACCAGUGUAUGAUUCAUUAUUUUGACAAGUUGAAGAAAUCUCUCAGUGAGUUGGAAAUUGUCUCUCUACAUGAUUUUGAGUUGACCCCACUACGCCGACCUAAAAUCCUAGUUCAAACUGCCGGUCACGUCUCAGGUGCAGUACGUUUCUACCGUCCAAACCAGUUUCCUAAGUUUACAAACAACAAUUACUUCCCUGUCUGUCAUCAUCCUAGAUGGGGUGGAUGGUUUGCUCUUCGUGGAGUUCUCAUUUUUCCUGAAAUAUCCGAACCUGAUCUGAUACAAGUGGAACCAGAAUCUCCGCUUAGUGAUUCUGAAGCUCAGAAUAUGAUGGAAUUGUAUAACACACACUGGCAGGACUGGAGAUGGAGAGAUGCAGGAUGUCCCAAAGAGAAAUAUUCCUCCCUUCAAAUUAAAUAUUUUGAGACAGCCCCGGGGGAGCGGGGCAAAGUUAUUGAUUGUAUUUUACAGGAUAAUCUAGAUAUUUAUAAAGAAAAUUCCAGCUAGAACUAAAAGGGUUUAGGAAAUCCUCGUAUCAAAACUAUUAGCUCGAAUGUCCGAGAUGUGGUUUUGUUCUGUUUUGAGCUUACUUAUACUGGUUGUGGUCAAAUCUUUGAUAAAAAAUGCUGAAUAAAUUUUGUCAAUCA